AUGUCCCAGCCGCCCGCAGACUGCAGCCAAGGCGACGCCCCGCGCGCCGAGGGAAGCGGCGGGAGACGGGAGCCGGAGGAGGCCGGGGGAGGCGCGAUGGCGGCAGCCCGGGGAGCCCGGCUGGCGGCGGCCCGAGCUGGAGGAGCUGGCCCGGCACCAGCAGCAGCAGCCGCGUCCCGGGAGGCGCGCAUGGCAGAGGUCGCCCGACUCCUGGGGGAGCCCCUGGAGGACGAGGGUCCCGAGGGCAGGCCGCGCUCGCGGGGGGCGCUGGCCGCCUUGCCCUACCUGCGCCUCCGGCACCCUCUGAGCGUAUUGGGGAUCAAUUAUCAACAGUUCCUCCGCCACUACCUGGAAAACUACCCGAUCGCCCCCGGUCGCAUCCAGGAGCUGGAGGAGCGGCGGCGGCGCUUCGUGGAAGCCUGCCGGGCGCGCGAGGCCGCCUUCGACGCCGAGUACCAGCGCAACCCGCAGCGCAUGGACUUCGACGUGCUGACCUUCACCAUCGCCCUGACCGCGUCCGAAGUCAUCAAUCCCCUCAUCGAAGAACUGGGCUGCGAUAAGUUCAUCCACAGGGAGUAGCUGGAGUGGUGAGGUGGGGAGGAGUGGAGGUGGGGGAGCCUGGGCCUCUCGCUGCGCUCAGCCUUGGACACUGGACAGAAGUCCACCACAGCGAGCCCAUGGGCCACGAGGGACGCCCGGGAGCCCCCUGCGAAAGCAACAGCAAAAACGGGACGACGCCGAAAGCAUUGCAAGACACCCCCAACCCUGCGCGCCUGCGUGCGCCCUCGCGCGCGCACCCCCAGUUGGUAGUGAAGCCGGUUUCUUCCCACCCUC